CCACAUCUUUCUAGAGUUUGUGACCCGUCUGUCGCUACACCGUUGCUUCUUCCUUUAAUUAAACGGUUUUAUUUUAGGGUUUCUGUUGUGUAGUAGAAUGGUCAUGGCCGGUGGAGUGGUUCGUGUUUAAAGUAGAUUGGAAGGAGGUGGUGGCGACUUCAAAUCGACAUCAACUUGAGAUCACCAGUUGAAUCUCCGAUUCCAUUAGUCCUAACCGCAAUCACACCUCCAAUCGCUCCAAUCCCUGUACUCCCUCCUCCGCCUCCCUCAAUCCCAUGUCCGGUUGCCCCUCUUCCCUCUAUUCGUCCACCAAAUGGCGACGCUGCAAAGACCACAAAUAAAACGACGAUAACGACCAAGAGGGUAACGAACCAGAUUCUGAAUACGAAAUCUCAGAAGAGAUCAGCUUAUUUAGAGAGAAACUGGAGAAAGCAAAACAAGAUUUCUUAAUGAAGCAACGCCAACAGUGCCCACCAAGUUUUCCUGUAGACCUAUUAUCGCUAUCACAGAUAAAACAACAACAGCAUCAAGAGCUUGUGAGCCAGUAUAGGACAACUCUAGCGGAGCUGACUUUCAAUUCCAAACGAAUCACGACGAACUUGACUAUCAUCGCCAGAAAAAACGUCGAAGCUGCUAAAGCUAUUGCUGCUACUAUCUGCAAUAACAUUGUCGAGCAAAAAGCAUUGGAAGCUGCAAUGAAUGAUAUCAACAACUCAUUCGGGAAAGGAAGUGUCACAAGACUUGGAAGCCUUGGUGGAGCUCUUGUUGAAACAUUCCCAAGUGGCUGUCUUCCUUUAGACCUUGCAUUAGGUGGUGGCCUACCUAAAGGAAGAAUUGUAGAGAUUUAUGGGCCUGAAAGUAGUGGAAAGACCACCUUAGCACUACACGCCAUUGCAGAAGUGCAGAAGCUAGGAGGAAAUGCAAUGCUUGUAGAUGCAGAACAUGAUUUUGAUCCAUCAUAUUCCAAAGCAUUAGAAGUUGAUGUGGAAAAUCUUAUUGUUUGCCAAUCAGACAAUGGAGAAAUGGCACUAGAAAUUGCAGACCACAUGUGUAGAUCUGGUGCAGUUGAUCUCAUUUGCAUUGACUCUGUCUCAGCUCUUACUCCACGUGCUGAGAUUGAAGGCGAAAUUGGAAUGCAACAAAUGGGUUUACAAGCACGGCUUAUGAGUCAAGCAUUGCGUAAAAUGUCAGGGAAUGCAUCAAAAGCUGGAUGCACAGUUAUCUUUCUUAAUCAAAUCAGAUACAAGAUUGGAGUAUAUUAUGGAAAUCCAGAAGUUACAAGUGGAGUUAUUGCCUUGAAGUUUUGUGCAUCUGUUCGACUUGAAAUACGGCCUAUAGGAAAGAUAAAGUCUGUUAAAGGUGAUGAGAACAUUGGGCUUAAGGUUCGAGUAAGAGUUCAGAAGAGUAAGGUUUGUAGGCCAUACAAGCAAGCAGAGUUUGAAAUUAUAUUUGGAGAGGGAGCAAGCAAAUUGGGAUGCGUAUUAGAUUGUGCUGAAAUGAUGGACAUUGUGUUAAAAAAGGGCUCUUGGUUCGAGCUGGAAUAGUUGGUUACCCAAAUGUUGGAAAGUCUUCUUUGAUCAAUCGUCUACUGAAGCGUCGUAUGUGCCCAACUGCUCCAAGACCAGGUGUAACACGAUCGUUAAACCGACUGAAGUCCCACUUGUAAACUUUAAUAUACAGUUUCUUUACGAAAGAUAAGGAUCAGACUUCUGUAAUUCAACAUUUUUCUUUAUUUUCAGUUGAUUAGUUACAGAUCAACAUUUAUAAUCUAUCCUACCUACAAACUUUCUCAACAACAAUGUAUACACUAUUCUUAAUAAUGUCCAACUUUAUUUA